CCGAGGUGCCUAGUGCCUGAGCGGCACAGACGAGAGUAAGAAGGAAGGCAAGAUGGCGGACGUGCUGGAUCUUCACGAGGCUGGGGGCGAGGAUUUCGCCAUGGAUGAGGAUGGGGACGAGAGCAUCCACAAACUGAAAGAAAAGGCGAAAAAACGGAAGGGCCGCGGCUUUGGCUCCGAAGAAGGGUCUCGAGCACGGAUGCGUGAAGAUUAUGACAGCGUGGAACAGGAUGGUGAUGAACCUGGACCGCAACGCUCUGUUGAAGGCUGGAUUCUCUUUGUCACUGGAGUCCAUGAGGAAGCCACUGAAGAAGACAUCCAUGACAAAUUUGCAGAGUACGGGGAAAUAAAAAACAUCCACCUCAACCUGGACAGGCGUACAGGAUACCUGAAGGGGUAUACUCUAGUUGAGUAUGAAACAUACAAGGAGGCCCAGGCUGCUAUGGAGGGACUCAAUGGCCAGGAUUUGAUGGGACAGCCGAUCAGUGUGGACUGGUGUUUUGUUCGGGGUCCACCCAAGGGCAAGAGGAGAGGUGGCCGAAGACGCAGCAGGAGUCCAGACCGGAGGCGGCGCUGAGAGGUCCUCUGUUGUCCAGAUGUUCUCUCCAGAGAUUCUACUUGGCCAUGCAGCCUUGGAGAAAUAGGGCAGGGGUAGAACUCACUGUGUUAAUAUUUAAUCUCUCACCCGACUUGCUUAGUGGGUUGGUUUUUGUUUUUGUUUUUGUUUUUGAGUUAGGAAUAAAUGUCCCAUUUUUGUUUUGUACAUUUAAAAUUACUUUCCUCUUCUAACAUUGCCAGCUCGGAAGCACUAUUUACAGUAAGGCAGUUUGGGUCACUGUGAAGAUACUUCUUGGGCCUCAAUUCUGUUUGAAUUUCUACAUUAGAUAUAGUCUCAAGUUUCAGCUAGGGUCAAAGUAGAGACACUGCUCAGUACUUCUUUUUCUUGGAAGCUAAGAGAGCCUGGGUAGAAGUGAGGUGUUCUUGUGAUAUUAAAGCAUAAUUAUUUUGUUCUUGUAUACUCUGUUCCAUGCAAAUGGAUGUUACAGGAAUGUCUCUCCUGUUUCUCCUGUCCUUCCUGCUGCCAUGUUUGUUUGUACUUGCAGCUGUCUAAGGGCUUGAAUCUCCUGUCAGGGCAUUCUCUCAGAACGUUUUGCCCUGGAAGAGUCUAUACUAAGUUCUUGGUGCCUUCUUCGGCAGUCAAGGGUGAAGGCUCCAUAGAGGAGAGGAUCCAGAGGAGCAUCGAGGAGGCCAAAAAGGAAAAGGAUGUGGCUGAGGCUGGGGGGAACUUCAGUUAGCAUGGUGGGAGAGAACCAGUACCACAGGCCCAGCAGGUAAUAAGGUGUCCAGCAGAGGACGAAGGUCAGCAAGACAAGGAAGGCCAGUCGCAGGGCCCGCAGGCGAACACGGGAGCGAUUGUCUAAGGAGCAACGGAGGGCAAAUUCACCAGCAGGGGCUGGGAAUUUAGAAAACACUCAAAUUCAGAACCACUCAGCUUCUGAAUUGAGUGUAGGAUGAACAGGCAGGGAUGGUGAGCUGGAGUUCUCCUGAUACAAGGAAGAGAAUGUGGCAAAUAGGAGUUAAUGUUGCACAUCCUCUUCCCUUCCCAGACUGGGACUGUAUGCUCCCCCCUCUCCCCUAGGGAGUAUGACAGACAUGCUGGAGGAAAGGUUUUGAUUGAGGUGUGGUAUUAUGAAGCUGCUAAGACUACUUGAAGACUUGAUGGUGUCCACGACUAAAGGAGAACACUGAUCACCUUUCUCCUUAAUCUUGCCUGGCUAACUCAACAAUGGAGGGUGGCUAGAGGCUGGUUAUAAUCGGAGGCAUUUAGAAAAUACUUGUAGCAUCAGGUGCUAGAGGGAUGGUUAUGAUGUCACUUUUGGUUUGAUAGAAAACUAUUAGAUCAGUAAAUGAGGCUAGAGGCAAUAGUUUUUAGGGUAUGGGUUAGGGCCCGGAGAUUGGAGUCUUAGCAUGGUUCCCCUUCCUUGUCUGGGCACUAGACACCCUGAGGACAAUGUGGCUAUAGCAGACAGUCAUGGCAGUCAGUGGCAGCAGAAAGAGGCAGCAGAAGGUGAAGAGGUUAUAGGUGAUCUCUUGCCAUCGAGCCUUGAAGCUGCCUUUGGUGACACGCUAAGUGAACGGGCCUGGGCCAGCUCGGCGGACGGUGUGGAACAGGAACAGCUGGAGUGGAGUUUGAGGACUAUUAGAACUGGUCCCCCUUCACCCUUUUCCCCGGUCACACUAUCCCAGUUCAUCCUUAAUUCUCUGCAAAGCUGGGUAGUGCUGAGUUCAUCCAUAGUGCCAUAUUUAAAAGGUUCAAAACUUGAGAAUCCCUGUCUUCCCCUUAGGCUACGGGACUUAAAGAAUCUUGCCUCCUCCAGUACUGUUCUGACAUUGCGCUUUGUAAAAGGAUGUUUCUACCACCUCACCAACAUUUUUAGCUGAAAUGAUUUUUUUGAUGUGUCUAAUUCUGUGGAAAAAGAAAUUUUGUAUAAAAUGGGUGCUGCUAAAAUUUCAGGCCAUUUUGCAGCCACUCUGUGAAGUGACCUUUAGUGAUAGUCUUAUGUACAGUAACUAUAACAGUGAAACAAUGUUAAGUAAUAAAAUUUAACAUUUUCCAAA